CUUCACAUCAAUAGUAUCUUUAUUAUCAUUUCGUUUCUCUUCCGUUGCUUUCUUAUCUUUAAUCAGAAGCCAUCGAUGGAGCUUGAAGAAGAUUCCUGCUUCCUGCACAAUCUUCAUGCCACCUUUGCCUUUGUAAUCAUCAUCUCAUCCCUUGUUCUCCUCGUACUCUACUUAUUACUGAAGUUCAAGCUCAGGUGCAAGUGCGAGAUUUGCGAUGCUUAUCUCACCCUAAGUUGGACCAAACAGUUCCCAAACCUUUGUGAUUGGUAUACCCAUCUCUUGAAAAAUUCACCAACAAAAACCAUCCACAUACAUGUACUUGGCAACACCAUCACAGCCAACCCAGUCAACGUUGAGUACAUACUCAAAACCCGAUUCGAUAAUUACCCGAAAGGAAAGCAAUUCUCUAUGAUCUUGGGAGAUUUUCUUGGUCAAGGAAUAUUUAACGUGGAUGGAGACUUGUGGAGGUUUCAAAGAAAGAUGGCAAGUCUUGAGCUCAAUACACUUUCCAUCAGAUCAUACGCUUUCGAUAUCGUCAACUAUGAGAUUGAAGCCAGACUAAUCCCGCUUCUACAAUCAGUUUCGGAUAAAGAAGAUGGAAUCAUAGAUCUACAAGACGUGUUUCGGAGAUUCUCCUUCGAUAGCAUAUGCAGGUUUUCUUUUGGGAUUGACCCCAUGUGCCUCGAGCUUUCGCUGCAGGCUGGGUUGUCAGAAUUCGUGGAGUCCUUCGACUUGGCGUCGAAAUUGUCGGCGGAGAGAGCCAUGGCUGUGUCCCCGCUCGUGUGGAGAAUCAAAAGGUUGAUGAACUUAGGGAGCGAAAGGAGAUUGAAAGAGGCAAUUCAGAAGAUCAACACUCUUGCUCAAGAAGUCAUCAGGCAAAGGCUUAAUAUGGGGUUUUCAACACAUAAGGACCUCCUGUCUCGCUUUAUGCAUACAGUCAACGAUGAUACGUUCUUGAGAGAUAUUGUUAUAAGCUUCCUCUUAGCUGGCCGAGACAGCGUUGCGUCGGCUUUGACCAGCUUGUUUUGGUUACUGGCUAAGCACCCAGAAGUAGCUUCGGCUAUUCGUACGGAGGCUGAUCGAAUUAAAGAUCUCACGAGCUUUGAACAAAUGAAAGAUCUCCAUUAUCUACAAGCGGUGGUACACGAGAGCAUGAGACUCUACCCUCCGAUCCAAUUCGAUUCCAAAUUUUGCGAAUCUGAUGACGUGUUACCGGAUGGAAAUUUCGUGAAAAGAGGAACUAGGGUUACGUACCACCCUUACGCGAUGGGUCGGAUGGAGGAGAUUUGGGGUCCGGAUUGCUUAGAAUUCAAGCCGGAGAGGUGGAUGGUAGAUGGCGUCUUCUGCUCCAAGAAAAACCUGUUUGAGUACCCGGUUUUCCAAGCCGGAGUACGGGUGUGUUUGGGGAAAGAACUGGCGCUGAUGGAGCUCAAAAGUGUGGCCAUUUCUUUGCUUCGACGGUUCCACAUCAAAUCGGUGUCAACGCAUUCAACGCCACGAUUCUCUCCUGGCCUCACCGCCACUUUUAGUGGUGGGCUCCCGGUAUUGGUACGAGAAAGGCAAAUCUCAUCAUAAUUCUCAUUCAUUUCCAAGUGUUACAUAUACAGUAAAUGAAUGGUACAUUUAUUCCUGAAUUGUAAUUUAAAUAACAAAAAUGAUAAAAAAAAAUUCUCAAUAGUUGGUGUUCAAGUUAUCACA